AUGAGCAAUCCCAGCAAUCCUAGCGAUCAAACCGCAAAGGAGAUUGAACUCCAAGACCGCGAGCGUCAACUUCGAAGGCGUGAAUUGGACCUUGACCUCGAAAAGCACGAGCUUAGAAUUGAACACGGCAAAGCCGAGCUCGAAAAGCAUGAGCUUGUACUCCAACAACGCAGAAUGGAGUUUGAAAAGCAGGAGCUUGGAAUUGAACAGGACAAAGCUAAGCUCGAAAAGAAUGAAUCCAAACUCAAAGAAACCAUUAAAAAGCUCGAAGAUAUUGAAACUGAGUUUAACUCGGAUGGACCCGAUAUAAUCAGGCUGGCGAUAUCCAAGAAUUUUAAGCGUGGUAUGACAGGUACGAAAGAACACGAACUCAAACAGGGUAAAGAUAAAAACGCCCUUCAGCGAUGCCGAUAUGAGCGGUACGUCUAUGAACAAGACCUAGAUGGGAAAGAAGAUCGCUUGGCAGAUUUUCUCGACCUGGAAACUGGACUCCGAGAGAUCGCUCAACGGGAAAUAUGCCUGAGAGAACAAUAUGGCCAAGAUCCAACCAAAGUCAAGGAAGAGUUCAAGACCACAAAGAAGGAAUAUAAACGACUUGAGCACGAGUGGUGGAUGAUCCGGGAUUCCUUCGAUGCACCUUUGGAGCGAGCUUUCCAGUACUGGCGGUCAAAUCCUAUAUGGUAUAUGCAUCGUGUUCUUCGAGAGGAUUGUGCCCGGAGGGGAGGCUGCUGUGGGCGUGACUGUGGAUGUUGCCUUCAUCGCAAACUUGACGAGACUCGCACCCAUGCAGCUAGGCAUUUCACCGUCGAAUGUGGUUGUUGUAAGAAGGCUCGGGGAUUUGAGCUUUCCGAGGACGACAAGAAGUACUUUGCGAUACGCUAUGCGGUCUCUGAUGAUGGUAAGAAAGGCCUCGAUCUGAAGGACAUUCAGCUGAAAAGCCUCGAAAUGCAAAAUCUACACCUGCAACAAUUACUUACUGAAGGGGCAAUGAAAGAGAAUUUGAUGCGAUAUCAGUUCUCUGAUGGCGCAGUUCAAGAAUUUGAACACUACAUACAUGAAGCUGACAUCGCUGAGGAUGAAGCCGAAUUCACCGACGAUGAGUGCCCUAUGGAUGAGGAGGAGGAUCCGUACUAUCGUCGGAUCUCCCAAGCUUCGAUCUGGGGCUUAGUGGACGGUAACUUUGAGAACCCGUUUGACUUGAUCGAUGCGGAAUCGACCUGUGAUUCAACAUGGCAGUUUGACGGUAGCAACCUGUUGGGCCAAGAGGAAAACGAUUCCAUGAUUACGGAAAUAGAUUGGUAG